AUGAGUUGUUCCAUACCAACUGGUGAUCAAAAUGGUGGAGGAUUUUCAGCUGGAGCUUCCAAUUCGUACGUACCGAAUUAUAAACCGUAUUCAACAACCAACCAAGUUGAACCUUAUGCUAAUUUCUAUCCAGUAAUAAAAAAAGGCCCAAAUUAUUUGAAAUAUUGUGUUGGUUUAUUACACAACCAUGAAAAACCAUAUAACACUAAAGAAAUUAUUAAAAAGUAUACAUCAGGGACGAAUAUGUCAUUUAAAGAAAUUGAAAUGUACGAACGACAAUAUAAAUUUUUCAUACCAAGUUUUACAUCCACAUCAAAAACAAAACCAUUUUUAGCUAAUACAAUAUUUCAUAUUGAUAUAACACCCGAGUGGAAUACAUUUUGUAUUGAGAUCGAUUCAAGUAUGUCAGAUUAUAAUGAAGAUGAAAUUUUAUUAUCUUGUUAUAAUAUAUACGAAUAUAAACGAUCAGAAAUGGUCAAUAACAAGCGAUAUAUUAAAUUAACACUUCUAAAUUAUGAAACAAAUUUUGACGUUUAUAGAGAUCGAAUAGUUUAA